ACACACGUUAAAAACACUAAAGUUUGCACAGAAUAACAACGCACGAGAAUUGUUUCGGAUGUGUACCAUUGCAGUGCAACUGAAGAAUGUUAAAAUAGCGUAAAUAUUCGCUUACCAUUAUUGUGUCCAUGUAAGGACGGUCGAAUUUGUGACGUCAGCUCGAAAAACGUUAACAAGAGGAAGCAGUAAAGUACGUAUUGAAAAUUAUUACAUUAUAUUUAACUGUAAAAUAAAUCAUGAUUUUCUAUGUGGUUGAAACGCCAUCUACACGUUUGGUACAUGCGGUUACCUUAACCUUAACAAUAAACAAGUGUAACGUGCAGCAUGUGAAUUGUGAUUGUUAAAUAUUAUUAUAUUGUUUUCAAAGUGCACAUUCAACAUGCGGAGUACAACUUAUAACAAUAGGGGUGAAAAAAAGAAACUUUCCUGGAUCUACAGGAGGAAAGCAAAAUUACAAAAAUCAAAGAAUGCAGCACAAGGAAUAAGCAACACUCCAAAUGACAAUAACAGACCGAGAAUUAUUAUUCGUAAUCUGUCAUUUAAGGCAACUGUAGAUGAUGUCAAAAAAUUAUAUGAACCAUUUGGCCAAAUAGACGACAUAAAUUUUCCAAAACGGGCUGAUGGUUCACCUGUAGGAUGUUGUUUUGUUCAAUUUAAACAAUUAGAAGAUGCAUCAAAGGCAAUAUUUAAUACAAACAAGAAAGAAUUUCUUGGCAGAGUAAUAAGUAGUAGUUGGGCAAUAUCAAAGUCCAGAUAUAAUGAAAAAUUGAAACAGGAAUCUAAAGAGAAUUUAGAUGAUACACAAAACACAGAUAUAAAAGAUGAGGAAGAAGUACCGGAAGAUAAAGACAAGGAUAAAGAAAAAGCACCUAAGAAAGAGAAGCCAGUACCAAUAAAAAAAGAACACAGAAAAGUACACAAGGAGAGGAAUACAAAGAGAGCAAGAAUUGUUAUAAGAAAUCUUUCAUUUCAGGCAACUGAAGAAGAUUUAAAACAACAUUUUUCUCAAUAUGGAGAAAUAGAAGAUAUAAAGAUCUUAAAGAGAAGUGAUGGAAAAAAUGUCGGUUGUGCAUUUUUACAAUUUCAGUUUGUACAAAGUGCAGCUAAGGCUAUACAUUAUGCAAAUUUACAACCACUUCUUAAUAGACCUAUUGUGGUUGAUUGGGCAGUACCUAAAAAUAAGUUUCUUCCAAAUAAUGCAGACACAGCGAAUGAAAAUGAGGUGAAGGUGAAGAUAGAGAAGGAAAGUGAUACAGAAGACACAUCAGAAACUGCAACGAAAUCAAAUUUAAAUGAAGAGUUAGGUAGUAAUAAAGGUCACAUAGAUGUAUCUAUAGAAUCAGAUGAAUCUGACAAUGAAGAUGAGAAGGAUGUAGAAAUGAAAUCAGAAGGUGAAACUUUAGACAAAGAAUUAUCUGAAGACGAUGUAGAAGACAUAGAUGAAGAAGAAGAAGAAGAAGAAGAAGAGGAAAAAGAUAUCAAGGAACAAAAACGUCCACGUUUCGAGUCUCACGACGUCUCCGAAGGAAAGACUGUGUUCUUAAAAAAUGUGCCGUUUUCUGUAAAAAAUGAGCAAUUAAAAAAAGUCAUGGAACAAUUUGGACCCGUUUAUUACGCACUUGUAUGCAUGGAUUCACUCACCGAAUACUCAAAGGGUACAGCGUUCGUUAAGUUCAGGAAUGUUGAAGAUGCUGAAAAAUGUCUGGCUGCAGGAAAAGAAUUGGAAAUAGAUGAUCAGAUAAUAGAAGCACAAAGAGCGUUAGACAGGAAUGAGAUUGAAAAUAGAGCAAACUCGAAGCAACCAAAACAAAAAGACAAUAGAAACCUGUACCUCGUAAAGGAAGGCGUUAUAAUGGCCGGAAGUCCCGCUGCUAAGGGAGUGUCGGCGGCAGACAUGGCGAAACGGUUGCAAAUAGAGCAGUGGAAAUCACAGAUAUUGCGAAAUUUAAAUAUGUUCGUAUCCCGAAUAAGACUCGUCGUUCACAAUCUGCCACCUUCGUUAGAUGAUACAAAAUUUAGAAAAAUGAUUGAACGUUAUGGACCUGCCGGAGCAAUCAUUAGAGAGGCACGUGUCAUGCGAGAUCUGAAGAACGUUGACUCGAAGGGAGUGGGAAAGUCCAAAGAAUAUGGAUUCGUUUCGUACACGAAACACGAGGAUACUCUUCAAGCAUUAAGAAACAUAAAUAAUAAUCCAGAUAUAUUCAACCCAAACAGACGACCCAUAGUGUCCUUUUCAAUAGAAAAUCGAGUAAUGGUGAACGCUAGGCAAAAAAGGAUACAGAGGAGUCAAGAGAACAAUCCUACAUGGCCAGGGUACAAAAUGAAGAGGCAGCAGCAAGAGACAAACGAGAAAGUCCCGACAAAGAGAUUCAAAUUCGGGGAAUCGAGUAAAGUAGAGAAAAACGAGUCGAACAAAAAGCCAUUUGCAGGAGCGGUUGGGAAACCGGGUGAAAAUAAAUUACGGUCCAAGUUCAAAUUGAAGAACCAAGCCGCGGUGCACCACGAGACAGUGAAGAAAGAGAAGAAACUGAAGAGGACCUCCAAAAAGCUAGAAGAGAAGAGGAAACUCAGAAAGGAAAAUAGAAACGAAGUUAAACCCGUGCACAGGACAAAAUUAAAAGCCGAAGACGUAAAUCUAGACAAGCUUGUAAAUAGUUAUAAGAAUAAAUUAAAAUCGGUAGAGUUAAAGAAAUCGAAAUGGUACGAAUCAUAGUGUUCACGCAUAGGAAGGUUCGCCGAGACAUUACCAUAGUCGUCGUUCACCUUGUAAAAAUAAUUAUACAAAAUGGAAAAUACAGAGAUGUAUGUUUAUAGUUACCGCUGAUCACAUGAUACACGUGUUCUCGCCAAUGACUGAUGCUCGGAUCCAC